AUCUCAACAAAUCGCAUGCAUCCAAUGAGGAGAAAGCUUUGGCCAUCCAACAUCUCUGUAACCAGCGGGGGAGGUCUAGUCAUGAUCAGGAUGCAUCUGAACCUCAGUUGGUAGAAGAUACUCUGGUAGAAUCACAUCCUUCUAUUAAAGAACAAGAUGAGCAAAGCUCUCUGGGGAAUAUACAGAAAGAAGAUCAACCAGAAACAGAUGUGAUCAAAGAAGAAAAUGAUAAACCCACAUCUAAAUUGGUAACAGAGGAUCAAAAGGAAACAGGUUUUUUUCUGAAUGAAAAAAAAAAUGAACCCGGACCUUCAUGGAAUGAAAAAAAAGAAGAGGAGAUACCAUCAGCUCCCCUACUUGGAGUAAAGGAGGAACAAGAUUCUUUAGUGUCUAUUUAUGAAAAGGAGCAACUAGAAUAUUUGCCACCAAGGAGGGACCAGAAUGACCUAAGCAGCAGUCAGGAGGAAGAGCAGCCUGUCCAGAAGCAGUCCAUUACCUUGAUGGAGACCUUUACUCCUCAGGAAGUAGAUUUGAGAGGAAGAACACAAAGAACUGAGCAUCCUUCCUUUCAUAGGCCUCCCAUAGUGGAGAACACAGAUUUAGAAGUAAGCAGCUCCGCUGUGUCAGAUAUUCAGUCGCAAACUGACACAAAACAAAGGCCUUUCAAAUGUGAAAUAUGUGGGAGAACCUUGAAGAAUAAGUAUAUUAUGAAACAACACUAUAUAACCCACACAGAGGAGAAGCCGUUUUCAUGUAAGACAUGUGGAAAAGGUUUUUCUAGGGUUGCUAGUUUAAAGGAUCACAUCAAAACCCACACAGGUGAGAAACCUUUUCCUUGCAAGACUUGUGGAAAAUGUUUCACUCAAAUGACUACUUUAAUUGGUCACAUUAGAACCCAUACAGGUGAAAAACCAUUUACCUGCAAGACAUGUGGAAAAAGUUUCUCUCAGGCAAGUACUUUAAAUGUUCACAUCAGAACCCACACAGGGGAGAAACCUUUUAUUUGUAAAACAUGUGGAAAAGGUUUUGCUACUCGUGGUAAUUUAAAUGUUCACUUCAGAAACCACCCACACAAGUAAAGGAUUAGUCAGUAUUUGGAACAAUGUUAAUUAACACUGGAACACUGAAAUCUGUGUUAAAACAAAAGCAUACACAUGGGAAAGUCAUUAGACUUGCAUACGUGUUUACAAUUAGAUUCCAUUUUUUGUUCGUUUGUUAUAGUAAAAGAUUUUUUUUUUUUAAAGUUACUCUUUAAACAAGUGUUUUACAAAAUUAGGUUUGGAUUAUAUAAGGUCAAAUUAGGGUUGGGUGAUAAAUCGCUUUAAUGGAUUAAUCAAAUUUUCUGUCAAUUCUGUAAUUAUUAAAAUUCUCGAUUGUGAUUCUAUUUGAAAAUUUCUGCUGGAUGUCUCCUCCUAGAGUUUCAGUUUUUAUCCCUUUGAAAGCUUGCUUCUCCAGAGUCCAUUAUUGAAGGACUUUAACCUUUCAUUGAUAAAGUGCUUACUUCUACUUGCAUGUAUAGAUUGGCAUCAGACAUGGGCAAUGUGGAGUCAAUAAGUCAUCUCCAUGUCAUGUAUUUGUUCUACCCAGCCACUGAAGCAGAUGAGUCCAAUCUUCACCGUGAAUUAACCUGUCCAGAUUGGACUCACCUGGUUACUUGGCUGGGUAGAUUAAAUACAUGUCAUGGAGAUGACUUGUUGACUCCACAUUGCCCAUGUCUAAUUGGCCUGCAAGCUGGAAAUUUCUUUCCUUUUUCAUGACAGCAAAUCUUGCAAUCACCUAAAGGGCUGAAGUCCAAUUCAUGAUGGAGGUUUACUGCAAAGUCUUAAGAUUUCUAAACCUGAAAUAUGGGAAACUUCGAAAUGUCCGUUUCACUAAGAGAGUUUACCCAACCUCAGUCACCACAGCAACAUUCUCCUCAGAGCUAACCUGGUCGGGAGCAGGCUUGUUUUUUCCAGAAAACUCUGUGUCAUUAACAUUGGCUCUAAGGAGAGCAGUUUGUCAGAUCUGUUGUCAUAGUUUUGUGCAUAAAAAAACUUUUUGUGUAGGUUUUAAAAACAAAUAUUGCAUGUCCUUUUGAUAAGUAUCUUAUUAAAGAAAAAUAAUUAUAGGGAGAGGAUUCUACAACUCAGUUGACAGGGGAAGACAUUACUUGUUUUUUGUUUGUUUAAUAUGAGCAACAUGCAGAUCAGUAGUAGUAUUAGUAGUAGUACAUGAAGAACUAUUGACAUUAUUUUCAGAUUGCACAUAAAUAGAUUCAUUAAUUCCAUGGGGGGAGAAGAAAUUACCUUAGGUUUAGGAUUAGGAUUCACUUAAUGAUAAACUACUGAGCCUACUGGUACAAUCCGAAGCCAUUCUAUGGGACUGGUAACCGCUGAUAACAUCCAUUUAUUAGGAUGAUAACAUCCAAGGCGCGGAUGAGAACAGCCACCUGGUAUUUUUACUGUGUAAAAGAAGACUGAAUCGACAUGAGGCGAAACCCAUGAAAUGAUGCUCAGGUUCUACAUAUUAAAACUUUUAAGAAUUAAUUUUCACCUGAUUUCACCUAAAUAGAUAAAUUGAUCGCUACCAUUUAAGAAAUAAAUCCGCAAUGUUAUGGUGGUCACAACAGCCUGUGGCAAGCCGCUUUGAUAUGUAUUAAUUAUACUGAAUAUGUAGACUAUUCCUGAUAUCUGGAAAAAAAAAAAAAUUCUAAAGAAUCAUUUCAAACAAAAUAAACAUUCUGGAUGUCUAGACAUUUAUUUCAGAUCUUUUUGAUGCAUUUG